AUGACCACGGCAACAGCGGCAGCGACAAAAGCGGCUUCUGUCAUUAAACUUUCAAAUGGAAGCGAAAAAAAAUGGUCCGAGGUUUUAACUUCAAAUCGUCGGCAUGCAAUACAAUUACCAAUAGACUUAAAAAAAUAUGAAAAAGAUGCUCAACGUACACAAAAUUCACAUCGUCGUCAUCGAAAUCAGAUAGAAUCAAAUUGGAGUAAAAAACAUGAAACAUGGUAUCAUGAAGAUUUUAUUUUUCGUGAACGGUUACGACAGCAACUCAAACCAAUAACGAGACGAUUUAGACGUGUCGGUACACAACCAACAAUUGGCGAGAUAAAUGAUAACAAAGUUACUGAUAUAAGAAAACAAAAUGAUAAUACUAAUCGAGGAAAGUUUAUACUUCCAGGAAACCGAAAUGAAAAUGAAAUAUAUUCAUGGCUUAAUAAUGAAACUACUCGGAAAACACAAUUUUUCGAAACAUCCAGUUCACUUCCUCUACAACUGACUAAAUUAAAAUGUACAAAAAUUAUUGGAAAACGUGAACCACGACUUUAUUCUCAUAUUCAUGGACCAUUUCUUGAUUGUGUCGAACGAUUUCUCAAACGUCAACCACAAAAUAUUGAAAAGGGUAUAAAAGCUGAAGAUAUGACCGAGUACAAAAAUAAAAUUAAAAUAGCAAUCGAUGAUGCACGAGAUCGAACAACACUUGCCACCAAAAAAUUUCAAGAAAGUUUAGUACAAGAUGAAUCAGAAGACAGUGAUUAUGAUGAUGGAUACUAA